GAUAUGUCUAAAGUUUAUUUACUCCAGGGCAUAGAAGACCUAAAAUAACCUAACAGAUACAUACGAAAAUGUCACGGUCAUGAUAAAUAUUAAACAAAGUUUAUUGUUAGUGGGAACACUUGUAAACUGCGUUAUCUCUAUGAGUACACCUUAGUGAAAUGAGUUGUAGUAUUUAAGCACACACGUUCGCAGUCGUCUCAAUGCAUUUGUAAACAGAGGUUAAAGACAUGUGUAGUUCCUCUAGGCGUUACCAGGACAUUUUGGCCCCCAGAAAGACGGAAUGUAGCAAUUUUAUGUGGGCUUCGAGGCAACUCAAUCCCCAAGUUGCCUUCAAACAAGCCAAAAAGCCCUCACCCCAAUACCACAAAGAUGAAGUCGUCAAAAGCCCCAAAAUUCAGGAACUGCUAAUCACACUGAGUGAGAAGGAACAAGUUACCAAAGAAGUGCUAGAAGGGCGGGUCAGGAAUAUUUUGGAUGAAAUUGGCUACAACAAGAAGUUGAAAGUUGUGAGAUGGCUUGCUGUGGUCCUUACGAAAAUUUGCAACAGAAUUUGCUCCGGGAUUUACCUGAACGAAGACGCAAUACUUCAACUGAAAUCUCAAAUGGGAACUUGUCCUGUGAUUUUUGUACCUAGUCAUAGAAGUUAUGCGGAUUUUAUUCUUAUGUCCUUCAUGUGCUUCACCGAGGAUGUGGCGAUACCCGCCAUAGCAGCCGGAAUGGAUUUUCACGGUAUGUGGGGUAUGGGCACAGUCUUGCGCGACACUGGAGCCUUUUUCAUGCGACGCUCAUACAACGACGACCAUUUAUACUGGACGACUUUCAAGCAAUACGUUUACCAGCUUGUCACCAAAGGAGACUUGCCAUUGGAGUUUUUUAUCGAAGGGACGAGAAGCCGCACAAAUAAGUCGCUCACGCCAAAAUACGGCCUGAUUUUGAUGAUUCUUCGAGCAUUUUUCUUGUCCCAAGUCCCUGACGUUCUUUUCGUGCCAAUUAACAUCAGCUACGACCGAAUUUUGGAGGAAAAAUUGUUCGCAUUUGAGUUACUCGGCAUUCCCAAGCCUAAAGAGUCGACGUCUGGGUUUUUCAAGUCGUUGAGCAUUGUUAAGGAAAAAUUCGGCUCGAUUUACUUCGAUGUAGCUGAGCCGAUAUCAGCGAAGAAGUUCUUUGGGCCGGAUUUGGACCGAACCUUGCAUAAUUUGCAACCAAUUCACAUGCAAGAAAUCACCGACUAUGAAAAGAAAUUAAUUCCGUCGCUGGCGCAUGAGAUUGUUUACAAACAACAAAAGCAUUGUAUUAUAACACCGUUUAAUUUAUUGGCCAUUGUUUUGCACAAUAAUUUAACGAGUGGAAGGAAUCUUUUGAGUGUUGAUGAGAUUAUUGACGAGAUUUUGGGGCUGAAAAAAGUCAUUGAAAAGUUCGGAGCUUACGUCUUCAUGGAUGACCCAAGAAAAUGCGUGCUAGAGGCUUUAGAAGUCCACAACAAUUUCGUCAGAGUUAAUGAGGAAGGAAAAGUCACUCUGGUCUGGGAUGAAAUCGUUGUGGGCAAAGUCAAUGUAUCCAAAUUGAAAGCUCACGAACUCUCAGAAAAGACAAUCACGUUUUCGGUUCCGUUUAUGCUCUUACAAAUUUAUAUUAACCCGACUUUGCAUUAUUUCGUGGACUUGGCCGUCUUAGUACUGAUCGUAAAACACCAAAGGGCCCAAAGUCAAGAUGAACUUUUUGCGAAUUAUCACUUUCUGAGGUCUCUGUUGUCCCAGGAGUUUGUUACUUUUAACACCAGGGAAAAAAUGGAAUUCACUUCAGCGUUAGCACAUGCGGUCGAUUUAAAUUUAUUGAGCAGAAACCAAGAAUUAUAUGAUCUCGGUGAAAAUAAACAGUUGGAAGAAAUUAUUUAUAACUGUAUUGAUUGUUUUAUUUUUACUUAUUUUGUGGUGUGUUCGGUUAUUUUGGAGUUAUCACGUGUUAUUGAAGAGAAAACAAUUUUGGCCAAAGUUCAGGAAGAAAUUGAAAUAAAGAUAAAUGAAGGUAAAGGAUUUAUCCAUCCUUAUUCCUUAAGUUUGGACACAAUUACCAAUUGUUUGAAUGCGCUUGCGGGUCAAAAUGUUUUGACAAAAAGUAGAAAGAGCGGCAGUGUUACUUAUGAAAUUAAUGAUACUAAAGUAUUAUUUAUUAAAAAUAGAUUAGAGCAAUAUGUGACUCCGGCACAGGUGCUCCAAGAGAAAUUCGAAAGUGUUCAGCUCCACUUAAAAAAUAAGCUUUAAAAGCUAAUGACUGUUUUUAUGUUAAAACCAAGCCAAAGGUGUUAAAAUUGAGUAUUUUGGUGUGAUUUUUAAUAAAUUGUUUUGAGUAA